UGUAAAAAAUUCUUUAGACUUAUUCCAAUUUUCAAAGCAAAUUAUGGAAUGUGCCCCGAUACAAAUUUUUAAUUGCGAUGGGUUUCCAGAUAAAAUAUGUGAAAUGUGUAUAAAUAAUCUCGAAAUUGCUCAUCAAUUUCGACUUUUAUGCUUACAAUCAGAUGCAAAACUGCAUGAAACAACUUUAGAAUUAUCUAAUAACGAAACGUUUAACGGUGAAAAUAAUAUAGAAAAAAAGAAAAUUCGACAGGAAGGUCCGUUCAUUUGUACAAUAUGUAACCAUAAAUUUAAACAAAGUUGUAAUUUACAACGUCACGAAAGAAUUCAUACUGGAGAAAAGCCUUUUAAAUGUGAAACAUGUUUUCGUAGUUUCGCUCAAGAGUAUGAUUGCGUAAAACAUAAACGUAUUCAUAACGAAGAAAGGCCAUACAGAUGUGAUAUUUGUGAAAAAACUUUUAGACAAACAUCAACCCUGCAACAACAUAAAUUACGCCAUAACAACAGCCAGUUAAAAUGUACUACUUGCGAUAAAACGUAUAGAUGUUUACGUAGUUUAAAGAAACAUCAACGCAUCCAUACUGGAAAUUAUCCUUUUAUAUGCCAUAUAUGCAGCAAAGGAUUUAAUCAGAAUGCAGCAUUGAACAUUCAUAUACGUGUACACACAGGCGAAAGAGCCUUUGAAUGUGAUAUAUGCUCUAAAAAACUAAGUAGUAAAUACAAUUUAUUAAAACAUAAGAAAAUACAUACACAAGAUCGUAAACACUUGUGUGAAAUAUGCAGCAAAUCAUUUUACGAAAAGAAUGAAUUGAAUCAACAUUUACGAGUUCAUACGGGUGAACGAUCAUUUCAAUGCCACGUUUGCAAUAAAUGGUUAACGUCGAAACAAAUAUUAAUCCAACAUUUUCGAACGCAUACCGGUGAAAAACCAUAUAAAUGUCAAAUAUGUAAUAAAUCGUUUACAGAUAAGGGAAACUUUUCAAAACAUAAAAAAACUCAUUUAUAGUCUAAUUUAUAUUUAAAGGAGCCUCUUCAUUCACCUAUCUCGGAGAGCAGAUAAAUAACGAAGGAAAAACUAGCACAGCGAUAAAAGAAAGACUCCAGAGAGGCAAUCGAGCAUACUUUACAAAUGUGAAGUAACCAGUUU